UACCGUAGAAUGUUGCUGGUAGUCGUAACCGAAACAGCAUGUAGAGCAAAAUGGAAUGUAUUUGCUGUAGGAUUUCUCACAGUACAAAAACACAAAAAUUAUACUCACAAUCGGUAUUAGCUGAUCUCAUUAAUUUAACGACAACAUCUACCACGUUAUUGCAAUGUCGGGAAGGAAGCGGUCCAGAGAUGAUGAUGAAGGGGGCAGGCGAGACCACAAGAGGCACAAGGAAUCAAAACACGAUUUGGACAAACUCAGGAAACAAACGAAAAAACUUUCACAAGAAGUGCAAAAGAUAAAGCACGUUGAGACAUUUUAUGAAAAACCCCCUCCCGGACUUGUAAAGGAGGAGGAGGACAAGCCCGAGGACUGUAUACCUGACACACCGGGAAAUGAAGACGCACGAGAGUUCCUGGCGCACGCGCCGACCAAGGGGCUGUGGAUGCCGCUGGGGAAAGAAGUCAAAGUCAUGCAGUGUUGGAGGUGCAAACGUUAUGGACACAGGACCGGAGACAAAGAGUGCCCCUUCUUUAUCCAAGGAAACCAAAAGCUGGAGCAGUUCAGAGUUGCACACGAAGACCCCAUGUAUGACCUGAUAAGAGAAAACAAACGCAACGAGAAGGAGACGAGGAUACAGCAACUCCAGCAGCUGCUCCAGGACACCACCUCUGACUCGGACAGCAGCAGCUCAGCAUCAUCCCACUCGGACCGCGGCAAGCGCCGGCGGAAGGCAAAGAAGAAGAAGGAGAAGAAGAAGAAAGAGAAGAAGAAGAGGAAGAAGAAACGGAAGCAUAAGUCCUCCAGGGCAAGUGACAGCUCUGAGUCGGACUGAAACCGGGACGAGGGGGGGCACCCAGCCCCCAUGUUCCCUGUAAUAACUCUUCCCCAAUGCCGUCCGUGAAGGGGGGUGGUGGGGGGGGUGUGAGGUAGCCCAGCUGACAGCCUGUCCCCCGGCAGAGCGCCUCGCCAGCUUGCAGCAUAAGCCGCAGAUCACAGGGUGGGCCUGUCAGCCUUUGUUCUUCCCCUUCCCUGUGCCAGAAUCACUUAAUAAUGCAUGGAUUUCCAGCUCCCCGUUCACCAAGGGUGAAAGGUUAAUUAGGCCUCUCCAUCAGAUCAUACAGAGCAGAUCCACGCCAGGAACUGAACCCUCAAACCCGCAUGUGUUUUCUUUAAAUGCGCUUCAGUCAGUGGCACAGCUAAUUACACCACGGACACGGUUACAAAAGGAAGAAUGGUGUUUACGUCUAAACAAGAGAGACUGAAUGUACAUAUUGCCUAUUAUCUGUGUAAUGUGUAGGCAGUGUGUUACCUUCCCUUUUCCAGUGAAAGAAUGUUUUAUUUGAAAGUGCUUUUUGUGAAUCAGCAGUUUGCCAAUCAUUUGAAACUGAAACUGUAUUAAAUAAGUGGCAGUUUGUCUAAGGUGGCUUACCAUACAGUAGCACCACUUCGGUGUUUCAGUAGUGCAAAUAUGUAAAUACAAAAUGGAUGUAAAAAAGAGUUUGAAUAAAUGCAGCAGAGC